AUGCCAAGAUUUCAACAGGUGCGAUUGGUUGUGUUGCACCUCUCCUGUGUGGUUCUUCUAUGGUCGAUUUGGAAAAAGGUUAAUUACAUCGACUUAACUGCCGAUGAAAGCUUCAAUUAUAAGAUUCCUCCGCCGUGCAAGUCGUUAGAAGUGGAGUUUUAUCGAUGGAACGAACUUCUUGCACACUUACAGUAUCAGUGUGUGAAUGUAAGAAGCUGGCCCGCAAAGUCGUUCGGAAUCGCUGUGUGUGGCGACGAGGAGGUUUCUGGUACAGGCAUAAAAACUGAGAUGCGCAAGUUCGUCAGUUUGACCAACAACUUCGACGAGCUGUUGUUUGAAGAUGCACUGUUUUCCUUUCACGGGGGUGAAGUAACCGGUGUGAUUGUUGCUCCAGCCAGUGUGGAUCGGCAUUUGAAAUAUGGUCGUCGAAUAAAGCACAUACCGCGUACACUCAUCGCUACCACAGAUGAUCUUUACGCAGGAGAUAAGUACAUGAUGCUAAGCGAGUUCUUGUCGGUGAUUGACGACCAAAAGAAUGUAAUCGAUUAUGUGAAGAUCGACUGCACGACCUGUUGGCAACCACUGUCACAGGUGAACCUGGUUUCUGAGCUAAUAAGGACAGGAUUCUUUCGGCAGGUGAAGGAGCUGCACUUGGUGAUACGCUUCUUGGAAACCACUGACCAGGCGGUUAUCUUCUACGAGUGGUACAGCACGCUGUUUAAAUUGUUUUACAACGCUUCGAUGGCUCUCUACCGUGCGUUUACCUCGGGCGACUGCACAUUUCCUCCUCGUCGGUCCUGCCUCUACCGACUAAGCUUCGUCAACUUUCUGCUUACCAACAUCACCAGUAAAGUUUUGACACCUGUUUCAGGAUUGGGUACGUUUUAG